AUGCUGCAUGAUCUACUCUUCAUGCUGGUGAUAUCGGGAAAGGCCAUAUUUGCCGAGCCGUCUUGUGAGUAUAACGCAAACCAACGAAAAAGUAUAUUAAGGGAUCUGCUUGAAGACUACGAUAAAACUAUGGUGCCGUCAAAUAACUCGGUUCAAGUCAAUGUGGAGUUGACCGUUCAGGACAUCUCUUCAAUAUCAGAAAUAUCCAGCUCGUUCGUUGCCGAUGUAUGGUUUAGUCAAGUAUGGGAGGAUCCACGAUUGCAAUAUAGGAAUAUUUCCUGUAAAUCGAAUCUUUCACUGGACAGUUACGUUAGCGAACGUUUAUGGACACCGAAUGUCUGUUUCGUGAACAGUAAAAGUACUCAAGUUCAUCGCUCACCAGCUUCAAAUAUAUUGCUCAUCAUAUACCCCAAUGGUAAGAUUUCAAAGAUAUAA